ACAGCCACCCUUACCAUCCUGCCUUCUGCCGUGUCCAGUGGGGAUCAGUCAGGCCUGGACUGGACACUCCUCAUCUCCCUCAGUCAUCACCCCAUUUCACAGAGGAGAAAGCUGAGGCCUGAGAAGGGAGCCAGCCUGCCUGAUGCCUGCCUGGGGGGCCCUGCUCCUGCUCUGGGCCGCAGCAGAGGCCAGUAACGACUGCCCCAUCCCAUGCACCUGCCAGGCCCUGGAAACCAUGGGGCUGUGGGUGGACUGCAGGGGUCAGAAACUCACAGCCCUGCCCACCCUGCCCGCCCACACCCGCCACCUCCUGCUGGCCAACAACAGCCUGCAGUCCGUGCCCCCGGGGGCCUUUGACCACCUGCCCCAGCUGCAGAUGCUUGAUGUGACACAGAACCCCUGGCACUGUGACUGCAGCCUCACCUACCUGCGCCUCUGGCUGGAGGACUACACACCCGAGAUCCUGCUGCAGGUCCGCUGUGCCAGCCCGGACCUCGCCACCCACCGCCCCCUGGGCCAGCUCACAGGAUAUGAGCUGGGCAGCUGUGGCUGGCAGCUGCAAGCACCCUGGGCCCACCAGGGGAUCUGGUGGGAUGUGGCGCUGAUCGCUGUGGCUGUGCUGGGCCUGGCCCUUCUGGCAGGCCUGCUGUGUGCCUCCUCAGAGCCCCUGCACUGAGC